CAAGACAUUUCCAAAGUGUCGGUCACUCACGAAACGAUUGCUCUUGAUUCAACUCUUCCGGGGCACAUGUAACAAAACUUACGCAAAAUGUCUGGAUUUCCGUCAAGGCCACUGGCAUCUCACAUGCGGCAACCGUCGCUAUCCGCAAACGCCGGGGGCCAGUCUCCUGCGCUGGUGGCACGGGUCAACGAGAAAAAGGCCGAGCUCGAGAAUCUCAAAGAACUACGCCAUCUCAGUGCGGAGGCUGCCACUCAGAUGGAAGCUUUGGAGCAGAAGCUCGCCACGCUUUCUGAUGGGACAGAGGCCAUCGCUUUGGUGUUGAGCAACUGGCAUAAUGUGCUGAGGGCAAUCAACAUGGCAUCGGCCAAACUCCCCAAGCCCACCAGUGAACCUCGAGAUGGCGAGGAGACACCUCUCCCACAGACGCUUGUUCGGAUUCCGACGGAGCAUGCUCCCGCGCUUCAGGCACACGCAGAAGGAGCGGCCGAGGAUAAAUCAGGAUGAUGCAUCACCGUGCUUGCAGCCACGAAAGCCACGAAACACAUCCCAUCCUACAUGAAUACUUGACGGGAUUCACAAGUCAGCCAGAAUGGCCAGAAGCAGAGACUCUCCAGUCGCUACCGCACAGCACAAUGGCAUCUCCAAUCCAGUGUUAACUUCCCACGAGGGGAACUCUACUCAAAACAGUUUAGAUUGGAAGGAUGUUGAGGAUGCCCUCAUUUUCCCGGCA